AUGCGCCACAGCCUGCGCAGCGGCGGCGCCGGCGGCACGGGGUCUGGCGCGAGCGCCGGCGGCGCCGCCGCGACGCCUCCUGCUGCUGCCUCUGCUGCGGCGGCGGCAGACACGAAGGCGGCGGGAGGAGCGGCGGCCGGGGACGCGCGGCGCAGCAGCAGCAGUAGCAGCAGCGCGAGCAGCCGGAGGGCGGGCGCCGGCGGGCUGAGCCCGAGCGCGAGCGGCUGCCUGGGGGGCGGGGUGCAGGGGUUGGAGGCGGUUUGGGAGAGCCUGAGGCUCGAGGGGCAGCAGCAGGCGCAGCAGCAGCAGCCCAAGCAGCAGCAGCAGCAGCGGCACCGGCCACAGCAGGGUGUUGCUGCCAGUGGCCGCAGCGGCGACGACGGUGGCGCCGCAAGCGACAGCAGCAGCAGCAUCGGGAGCGAGAGUGGCAGCGACGGCGACGGCGUUGACGCCGGCGGCGGCAACCCAAAUGGCGACGCAGGUCCCGCCGGCCGCCGACGGUCACCGGUGCGGAAGCUACGAGACGUCCUCGCGCCCCUGCGGCCCGGCGUCACCGGCGGCGGCGUCACUGGUUACGCCGCGGCGGAGGCCGCGGCGGGUGACAGCAGCACGCAGCGGGAGCGGCUCGGGCUGCCGCGGCUGUCUGUGGAUGGGGCGCCGCAGCAGCACUACAAUCAGGGCCGCACCCUGCCUCAGGAUCCGCGUUGGGACACCCGAGGGCAGCCCCGCCGCCGCCGGUGCGCCGCGUGCGGCGGCUGGGAGGGCACGGCGGGCGGGAGCGGCGGCAGCGGCGGCGCCGUCGACAGCAGCGGCGGCGAGGCGGCGCGCGCGCGGGCGCGAGCGGAGCCGCACCGGUGGGACCCGGAGCAUCUGAUCGUCAACGGCGCCGGCGGCGCGUUCCUGCACCCUACACACGUGUUCAGCUACGCGCGCUUCGCGUCGCUGCCCGACGAGGCGGCGGAGGCAACGGCGGCGAUCUACGCGACCGCCGGGGAGGACGCCUGUGCCUGCACCUGCUCCCUCUUCGCGCCCGCCCAGCGCCACCGCGGCCCCCCCAUCCCCCCAGCGGCCCUCGACGCCGACGGGGCCGGCGGCGCGUGGCACUACCCCUGCUCCCCCACGGGCGGCUCAAGCGCUGACCUGGACCCCUCCGCCCCCUACCGCAACCCGGCCGCCGAGCUCGCCGGCUUCCAGGAAGCUUCCGCCCCCAGCCCAGCAGCCGACGCCGCGGCACCGGCCGGCGCGGCGGCGGCGCCAGCGGCAGAGGCGGGGCGGGGGCGGCGGGCGGCGGAGACGGCAGGCAGCGGCGGCGGUGGAGGACGUGCGGGAGGCGGCGGAGGGGUGUACAAGUGUGCUGCCGUGUACCCGAGCGCGGAGAAGAGCCGGCAGCUGGGGCGCAAGAACCUGCACCUCUUCAGGCUCAAGAACACGCGCUUUGACGUCAUCGGGGGCGCCAUCUACUACCUAUCAGUGGUCUCCCUGCUGCCCCGCUGCGACGCCGGGCGCGCCAUGCUGGUGGGUCAACAGAUGCUUUCGAAAUGCACAUACGAAAUCUGCCGCUUCCCUCCCCCUCCUCUGGAAUAA